AUGAAUAAUAAUAAUAAUAAUAAUAAUUCUAGUAAAAAUAAUGGAAGACUUAAGGGACCGUUAAGAUUGACAAGACUUUGCGCAUUGUGCAUUAUACUACCCGGUUGUCUCAUAGCCGGACCUUUAUAUUUAAGGUACAGGGUUUAUUCCGGGCAAAUUUAUCCCGUUGGAAUGUCCGAUAUGAGAUUAGUCGACAAUAGAAUAUCCACAACGUGGUGUCAAAAACAAUUAGUUAAAUCAAAUGCAACAUUUAACGCGUACCUUCUUCCAAACGAACCACAAAUGAAAAAAAAACCUAUUCGGGUAUCAAUGAUAAGACAUUUAAACCUUCAAGAUGAUAUGAAAGAAUAUUGGGGAUUUUAUUUACUCAAAGGAUCAUCUUUUACCGUAUCGACUUGUUGCAGGUGGCCAGGAGCUUUUUUAACGGUUAUAAAAGGACAUAAACAAUUGAAAGAAUGUGCGUAUUUCGGUGAUGAUUCCUCCGAAGAAGAAGACGAAUUAGAAGAAUUAGAAAAAGAUGAAGAAGAUGCAAUAUCGAACGAACCGUGGAUGAUGAAAAAAGCAAGGCCGGGUGUUAUUUUUCACGGAUCGCAAUUGAAUAACACAUUGAAUAAACACAGGUUGUCAAAGGAAAUCGUGGAACUAGACAACGGUAACGAACAUAAUUUUUACCAAUGGAUUCCUAGAAUGAGAAGUGAAAAAUUUAAAUCCGAAAAAAAAAAAAUAGAAAAUAAUGUCAAUUCAACGAAAUCGUAUAAUAAUAAUAAUAAUAAUAAUAAAUCUACGGAGAGUAUAAAUUUACGCGGGAAUUUUGAAAAUUUAAAUACAACAGAAGAAGAAGAAAAAGACGAAGUAAAAUCAAAAGAAGUCGAAGAAGCAUAUCAAGAAGUUUUGGAAAAAUUAAAAAAAUUAAAACUUAACGAUAAAAAUAUUUUAUUACAACUUCAGAAAAAUUUAAGAAACAAAGAAAAUCUUAACGAAAGUGGUAGUAGUAAUAAUAAUAAUAAUAAUGAUAAUAAUAAAACGAGGGAUUCGUAUAGGAAAAAAAGAGAAUUAGAAUGGCAUGGUUUACAUGAGAAAUUAAAUAAAAAUGACGAAGAUUACGAUACGGCAGCAGAAGAAAUCGAAGAGCCAGAUAUUUUAACUUACGAAGAUUUAAGAGGAACGUUUAACGAAACCACCGUCAAUGAUAAAUCCGACAGCGAAUUUUGGUCAUCUUUUUCCAGCAGCGAAGAAAGGUUAAUUAAUUGCGCGGGUUUAAUUAUUAAUCUACCAUUGAUACCUAAAAAAGGUUGUCAGGCUAAUAAACCGGAAAAAGUUAAAGAGGAAGCUUGCGCGGCAAAUAAAUUUACUUACAAGGUUCCAAUUAACGGUUAUUAUUUUUUCGUAUUGAGCAGCGAAAAUGAAAUACAAACGAAUUACAUAAGAAUACAAUUUGAAUUUGAUAAAAUCCUUUACAACGUGUCGAAUCCCGUCGCUGCAUGUACAAACACGACAGAAUCCUGUAGUUUACCAUUAAAUUUUUUUUCAUGGGAAAAAACAGUUUUAGAAAUGCCGCUGACGAAUAACGACAGCAUGUGGAAUCAAGAAUUUAUUGUCGUUUCCGUUUGCGAACCAAGAACAAUUGUUUAUGCCGCUUGCGUUGUUGCCGUACCUAUAUUGAUCCUUCUCUGUGCUUUUUAA